AUGGUUAGGGAAGACAGAAGCACUUGGAAAGCAAAUUACUUCGUCAAGCUCAUCGAGCUUUUCGAAGAAUAUCCAAAAUGCCUCCUCGUCGGUGUUGACAACGUUGGAUCAAAACAAAUGCAAGAAAUCCGUCAAGCCAUGAGAGGUGAGUAAUAAUUCCAUAGCAAAGUAGUUCAUUAGAAAAUUGUAUUUUCAGGACACGCUGAAAUUCUUAUGGGAAAGAACACCAUGAUCCGUAAGGCUCUCCGUGGACAUCUCGCCAAGAAUCCAUCUCUUGAGAAACUUCUCCCAUACAUCGUCGAAAAUGUUGGUUUCGUUUUCACCAAGGAAGACCUCGGAGAAAUCCGUGGAAAACUUUUGGAAAACAAGAAAGGAGCCCCAGCUAAGGCCGGAGCCAUCGCUCCAUGUGACGUCAAGCUCCCACCACAAAACACCGGUAUGGGACCAGAAAAGACUUCUUUCUUCCAAGCUCUCCAAAUCCCAACCAAGAUUGCCAGAGGUACCAUCGAAAUCUUGAAUGAGGUUGGUUUAACCAUGUAAUAUUUUUCUAUUGUUAUCUUUUAUUAGGUUCACCUCAUCAAAGAAGGAGACAAAGUCGGAGCUUCCGAAUCUGCUCUCCUUAACAUGCUUGGUGUUACUCCAUUCUCAUACGGAUUGGUCGUUCGUCAAGUUUACGAUGAUGGAACCCUCUACUCUCCAGAAGUUUUGGACAUGACCACCGAGGAACUCCGCAAACGUUUCCUCACUGGAGUCCGCAAUGUUGCUUCAGUUUCGUUGGCUAUCAAAUACCCAACCCUUGCUUCCGUCGCCCACUCGUUGGCCGGAGGAUUGCAAAACUUGUUGGGAGUUGCCGCCGUCACCGAUGUCACCUUCAAAGAGGCUGAAACCAUCAAGGCCUUCAUUGCCAACCCAGGAGCAUUCGCUGCUGCUGCACCAGCCGCCGCCGCUGCCCCAGCUGCUGCCGCUCCAGCCGCCAAGAAGGAAGAACCAAAGGAGGAAUCCGACGAUGACAUGGGAUUCGGACUUUUCGACUAA